ACUCUGCCCGUCUCUCCAGCCAGCAUCACCGUGCCCAAGCAGAGGUGAAGCUUGCCGGGCUGUACAAAUACUGUGAAGCAGAGCAGUAGAGACUCUGUAAGUAAUGAAAUGUGCAGGGCGAGGCAGACUGGAAAGGAAGCAUACCCAUUAUAAGGACAUGUAUUGAUGCUGCCUGUGAUCUUCUGGAAGACUCAACGAGCCACUCACAGGGGAGUUCAUCUGAGUGCUGCUGUUCAACACAGAGAAGGGUCUGGAAAGCAGAACAUUCAGGACGUCAGGAAUUCUUGGUUAGCUUUUACAAUGCAUACCAAGGAACAAAUAUGCCAUGAAGAGUACCAGCAGACUGCGGACUGGCUCCUGUCCCACACCAAACACCGGCCAAAGGUAGCCAUCAUCUGUGGCUCAGGGCUGGGCUUGCUGGCCGACACCCUCAAGUGUCAGGAAUCCUUCGACUAUUCCGACAUCCCCAGCUUUCCACAGAGCACAGUGCAGGGUCAUGCCGGCAGGCUGGUAUUCGGGGAGUUGAAAGGGAAGACCUGCGUCUGCAUGCAGGGUCGCUUCCACACGUACGAAGGAUACCCACUCUGCAAGGUGACUUUCCCAGUGCGUGUGUUCAAGCUGCUGGGGGUCGAGACGCUGAUCGUGACGAACGCAGCCGGGUCCCUGUCAGACAGCUACAAGACCGGAGACAUCAUGAUCAUUAAAGAUCACAUCAACCUGCUGGGCUUCGCUGGCCAGCACCCACUGAACGGACCCAACGAUGAACAGUUUGGACCCCGUUUCCCCCCCAUGUCCAGUGCCUAUGACAAAGACCUGCGCAAGCUGGCCCUGGACAUCUGCGAGAAGCUGGACUGCUCUUGCUUCAUGCAGGAGGGGGUUUACUGCAUGGUCGGGGGCCCUAACUUCGAGACAGUAGCAGAGGCACGCUAUCUUCACAAAAUGGGAGCCGAUGCAGUCGGCAUGAGCACGGUCCCGGAGGUGCUGGUGGCAAAGCACUGCGGGCUGAAGGUCUUUGGCCUCUCCCUCAUCACAAACAAGGUAGAGAAGGAGUACAACGACAAGGAGAUGGUGAACCACGAGGGGGUGCUGGGGGUGAGCAAGACGAGGGCCGGCACGCUGCAGGCUCUGGUGACGGAGCUCGUGGGCCAGCUUGACAUCAGCAUCAACGCUGCAGACGAGGGCUGCCACACAUCCCUGGCUACCCUGGAUCGCUCCAGUUAGGGUGCCUUCCCGGGUCAUUAAAAGGUCACAGUUUGUAAUCUUAUGCUUCCACAUCCAUGUAGAUUACGACAGCAGCACCACACUGUCAGCACUGUAAACUGAGUCUGAUAAAUCAGGUUACAAUGUUACCACCACAGACACGCACUAUAUGAAUCGGUUGUCAAUAGUAUUAAUCUCAUCAGUGUUUCCUGUUGGAUGAAUAUAGAUUUUUCUAAAGUCAGUUUGCACUUUUAACAACCCUGUUCUGUUCAGAGGUCCUGGCCAACCUACUGCAGACUGAGGGAGGAGGACGUGUCAGGAAAUCAUAGUUUCCUGUGUGAUUACAUCGAGCGCAGUGGGGCUCAGGUGAAAAUAAACAGUUUCAAACUGGGUAACCACAAACCUCGUGCUCCCUGCAUCCUGUAGUUGUUACAACGGGUUACAACACAAUAAUAUCCACUUGUUUUUUUUUUAUUUCCGAUCUCUCAGACUGGGGUGACUUCUGUGAUUAGGGUUAGAGCUUCUUCAAACAGGAGACUGCACACGUAAGGCAUUACUGUGAAGAGGUCCAUGCAUUCCCAAAGAUAUCCAGCUCUCUCUAUCGACCUGUCCACAUCACGGUUACCUGGGAAGCACUGCGUCAGAGUGUGACGCACUAACAGCACCUCAAAAUGAAAGGAAAAAGAACAAGCGAGCCGUCGCUAUGUCAGGGCCACUCAAUUAACAUCCAAUACUGAGCUGUUUUAUUAUUAUCAUCAUCAUUAUUAUUAUUAUUAUUAUUAUUAUUAUUAUUAUUAUUAUUAUUAUUAUGUAUAACAUUUGGUUUGUUUCCCAUGUAUUAAUGGAUUAUUUUAAUACAGUACACUUUACAAUCAAGUCAAGGUUUCGUGGAUUAGCUGAAAGUUUGACAGAUCUUGUCAAAAUUAUGAGGAUGGGUGAUGCUGAAAUGAAAAAAAUAAAGUUUAAAAAUAUAUAUAUACACAUUCUCUGCAUUAAUAAAUAUAUCUGUAUCAAAUAAAAUAAUUA